AUCGGGUGUCCUUCCUCGUUUGCCUCUCGGAUCGGUCUCUCUGUUACUCUUCUCCCCUCUUUCUACUGAGCGACUGUCGGAAAAACCCUAACCCUAACGGUAAACCUAACCCCAGCCAUGGACGCGAUCAGGAAGCAGCUCGACGUCCUCAUGGGGGCUAACCGGAACGGCGACGUCAUGGAGGUGAAACGCAAGUACUACGACCGCGACGUCUGCCGUCUCUUCAUGGCUGGCCUUUGCCCCCACGACCUCUUCCAGCUCACGAAAAUGGAUAUGGGUCCUUGUCCGAAGGUGCAUUCUUUACAGCUGAGGAAAGAGUAUGAAGAAGCCAAAGCAAAGGGCAUUCAUGAUUUUGAUAGAGAACUGGAGGAUAUGAUAGAAAGGCUAAUUGUUGAAUGUGAAAGGAAAAUCCAGAGAGCCCUUAAGCGUCUAGAGGAAGAGGAUGCCAAAGCUGCUAUUGCAAUAUCCGUAUCAGAAGUUACCCAGACACCUGAGGCCAUGGAGUUGUCAAAGCAAAUCAAGGAGAAAUUGAAAGAAGCUGAUGCUUUUGAUUUGGAAGGAAAAACUGACAGUAAAAUUCGGACCAUGGAGGAGGUUGAAGAGCUUAGAACAAAAAGAGCUGAUAAGCAGUCGAUGCUUCUUCUUGAUGCCUUCAACAAAGACAGGGCUUCCUUGCCACAACCACUUCAGAAUACCUCUCAAUUAUCAUCAAUGCCAGUACCUAUUCCUCCAGAUCCCCGAACACAAGAAAUGAUCAAUGAAAAACUUAGAAAGGCAGAAGAGCUUGGUGAGAAGGGAAUGGUAGACGAAGCUCAGAAAGCUUUGGAAGAGGCAGAAGCUCUGAAAAAGUUGGGUGCACGCCAGGAGCCAGUCUUAGAUUCUUCAAAGUAUACUGCUGCAGAUGUGCGAAUUACUGAUCAGAAGUUACGUGUAUGUGACAUAUGUGGAGCAUUCUUGAGUGUCUAUGACAGUGAUCGUCGUUUGGCUGAUCAUUUUGGAGGAAAGCUUCACUUGGGCUAUAUGCAAAUUCGUGAGAAGUUAGGAGAACUGCAGGAAGAGAGAAAUAAGAGGCGAAAGUUGGAGCGAUCUGAAUAUGAUAGAAGGUCAAGAGAACAAAGUCAGGACCGUGAUAGAGCAGCAAGUAGGGAUCGGGACAGAGAUAGAGAGGACCGAGGUGAUAGUCGUGACAAGGGGAGGGAUUAUGAUCGUAGGAGCAGAGACUAUGAUCGUCAUUAUGAUAGAGAUCGAGGAUAUGAUCGUGACCGAGAGAGAGAAUCGGAUCGGUCUCGCAGUUAUGAUUCAAGGAGCCGCCGAAGGUCACGUUCUCAUUCAAUGGAACGCCCUAGAGAUUAUGAUCGGCACAGGCGUCAUGAUCGAUACAAUCGAUACUGAACUUUUAUUUCAGGAUGGGAGGGAGAUAUGGAGUGUUGAGGUCUGAAUGCGUAUGCUAUGGCUGGUGUCACGGUGUGGUUUCGUGCCUGUAGAUUCAGUUCAGUUGAAUACAAAGUCCUUUUAUCUGGAUUUCCCUGGCGGGUGAUUCCAGCACUUGUGAAGGAAUUUAUAAGCCUACUUAGUAGUUGCCUGUUUAAUAGCAUGAAAACCUUCUUAGGUCGUUUAACUGCUUUUGAAAGUACUCUUUUGUGAAACGUAAAAGAUUGGUGCCACUCUGUUGGAAAAAAAUUGCAUUGACUAGUAGUUUGUGUUUUGGUUGCUUUCCUUUGUGUUUGUUUCUGUUUCUGUAAAUCUCUCUCUUCGUGAAAUGUAUUUGCGUCACUGCUAGGCACAUGUAAAUGACUAGCAGAAUUUGGAUACCUUGUCUCCUUGAACAAUGCAGAGGCGAGGAAUUUGUAAGAAAAUUUAUAUAACUAGAGACCAGGCAUUUCAAUUGCA